UGGGCAAUGCGCAACGCGGCUUUUGCCUGAUGCACUGACUAAAGCAGGCUAAAGUCACAUUUAGUGUUCGGACUGACAUCGUCAAGAUAGUCCGCACCUUAUUUCGAAAAAUCAAAAAAAUUUAAAAUACUAAAAAAUAAUUAGAAAAAAAUAUUUAUAGAAAAAAUUUUUUCACUAUUUUAUUACUCAAUUAAAAUCUAAAAAAAAAAUAAUUCAAGUAAAAUUAAAUAAUGAUUGGAUUCUUUGUGAAGUGAAAAGUAAAAAAAAUAAAAAACUCCUGAUGGCCAUUUAUAAUAAUAAAAUUUAAAUGAAUAUUUUAAAAAUUUUGUAAUAAUAAUAAUAUAAAUUAUUAUUAUUAUUUAUUUCUUUGGUACGUUCCUCGUCACCAGCCAAUGUAACUCGGCAUACUUGGAAGUCAACUUUCUCCUCGUGUCGCCGCGAAAUAAUUGAAAAAAUUUAUUCAAGGAGAUAUCGUAACACUAAACGAAUUUAAUCAUAAUUUUGGCAAAAAAAUUUUUCAUAUUAUUAUUUAUUUAUAUUAAUUCUUUAUAAUAUUAUUAUUAUUUUUAAAUUAAAAUUAUUAACUCGAGUGACAUAAAAGUAUAAUUUUAUAUAAAAAAAUAUAGGACACAAGAAACUUUGAUAUAAUAUUUUUAUUUGUGGUUGAAUGAAUUAGGUAAUAGACUAAAUUUACAAGUGAAUAAUAGUGAUUUAACCAAAGAACAUACAAUAGAAAAAAAAAUUUAAAAUGAGGGUUAACCGUGGAAUUUGUGCUAAACUGCAGGGAGGAUUUCUCAGGCGAUGGUGGGCAGCUGUUGGUGCUGGUGUAUUAAUGAUAAUAAUUGCAGCAGUUGUUGCAGCAUUAUUUCCAAAUAUAAUGGAGUUAAUAAUAAAUCAUGAGGUUGUGUUGAAGGAUGGUGGUCGUGCUUAUGGAUGGUGGCAAGCACCACCAGUUACACCACAUAUGAAUAUUUAUAUUUACAAUGUUACAAAUGCCGAUGAAUUUUUAAAUAACGGUGAUAAACCAAUAUUACAAGAACUUGGUCCAUAUGUUUAUCUACAAAAAUGGGAUAAAACAAAUAUUACAUUCAAUGAAAAUGGAACAGUUACUUAUAAUUUAAGAAAAAGAUUUUAUUUUUCUGAGGAACUUUCAGCUGGAUCUGAAGAUGAUCUAGUUGUGGUACCAAAUGUGCCAAUGUUAUCAGCGACCACUCAAUCACGUCAUGCUGCUAGAUUUUUGCGUCUUGCAAUGGCAUCAAUAAUGGAUAUAUUAAAAAUAAAACCAUUUGUUGAAGUAUCAAUUGGACAAUUAUUAUGGGGUUAUGAUGAUCCAUUGUUAAAGCUAGCUAAAGAUGUUGUACCUAAAGAACAAAAAUUACCAUAUGAUCAAUUUGGUUUAUUUUAUGGUAAAAAUGGUACACAUCCAGAUGUUUAUACAAUAUUUACUGGUGUUGAUGAUAUUACAAAAUAUGGUAUGAUGGAUAGAUGGAAUGGUAAAGAUGGUCUUGGACAUUGGACAACAAAAGUUUGUGAUAAUAUUCUUGGUGGUGAUGGUAGUAUAUUUCCACCACAUAUUAACAAACAAAAAGUACUCAAGGUCUUUGACAAGGAUCUUUGUAGAACUCUUCCACUUGUGUUCAAGGAAGAAGUUAUGACUGCAAAUGAUGUACCUGGUUGGAGAUUUACACCACCAAGCGAUGUAUUUGCAAGUGUUGAUGAAAAAUCAGAACAAAUUUGUUUCUGUCCAGCUGGUCCACCAUGUGCACCAUCCGGAACAUUUAAUGCAUCAGCAUGUCAAUAUGAAUCUCCAAUUUUACUAAGUUUUCCUCACUUUUAUUUAGCUGAUCCAUCACUACGUGAAGCAGUGAUUGGUAUAUCACCACCAGAAGCUGAAAAACAUCAAUUAUUUAUUGAUAUUCAACCAUUAAUGGGAACAGCAUUGAGAGCUAGAGCAAGAGUCCAAAUAAAUUUAGCUGUUAGUCAAGUGAAGGACAUCAAACAAGUUGCCUCAUUUCCAGAUAUUGUUUUUCCCAUAAUGUGGUUUGAAGACGGUGUAGAUGGUCUACCAGAAAAAAUGACAUCAUUAUUAAAGCUAGCUGUUGAGGUACCACCUGUUGCAAGAGUUGCAAUAUCAAUUGGUCUUGGUGCUGGUGGACUUAUUGUUCUCAUUGGUGCACUAUUUUGUCUUGCAAGAGCAGCAAGACGUCAAGAAAAACUUCAUCUAAGCAAUCCAUUACCACCUGGUGCAUCGAAAAAACAGGGAAAUCUUAAUCAUGCUUUUCAUGGCUCUGAAAAAUAAAUAUUUAAUUGUUGUUACUGUUUUUUUUUUUUUUUUGUUCUUUUUAAUUAUAAUAAUAUCAUCCAACUGUCGAAAUUUUUUUGACUUCUAAAAAAGCUCCUAAAAUUUAAUAGAAUGAAUGACAAAUUUAAUUAGUUGAGCAAGUUUCUUAAGGUUAAUUUUUUUUUUUGUAUUAUUUAUUUAUUUUUUUCUUUUCUAAAUUUGAAUUAUUACGAGUGUUGCAGAUGAGCCAAUUGUUUUGCGAAAUAAUAUUUGUAAUAAUCGUGGGAAAAGUGAGUGGCUUGUAUAAAAAUUAUAGAUGGACUCAAAGAGGGAAAAGUAAGGGGAAAAAAAAAUAUGAAAGCAAAAGAAAGGGAAUAAUAAUUUUCAUCCUCAAUGGAUUUUAUUUCUUUAUUUUUAUUUUUUUUCAGCAAAAAAUAAACAAAAAUUAGUGAAGAAAUAUUUGCAAAUAAGUUUCAUCUUCUUUGAUGGUAAGAUCAUUAAUCGUAGUGGGUCGAGGUCGACAGAUAAAACACAUAUCUACAUAGG